GAUUUGACACCCGCUGGAAAAGGAAGAAAAUCAGCUGUUUUUUGCCGAUAAAUUUCUCUUUUAUUGAUGUGAUUUAUAUUGUGGAAAAAAUGGAUUUAGAAAGGCCAGAAAAUAGUUUUCUCGAUGUUAUUGUGAAGGAGGAAUACACCGUGGAAGAUAUACCAGAGAAUAUAGAACAGAAUCAAUGGAAAGAGAAUCCUCCGGAAGAACCAGAAGACGUCAAGAAUGUGAUUUUGCUGGAGAAUAAGCCACAAGAAUCAAAGAAUGUUGAUAGGAACGAAUGCAAAUGCAGUAUUUGUGGAAAAUUCUAUGCAAAUCGUUACACUCUCAAGACUCACAUGGAAACACAUUCCAAAAAGAAGGGAUCAUCCUAUUGUCCUUACUGCAAGAAGGGUCUCAAGAAGAAGACACGUCUUCAAGCUCAUCUAAAAGCAUGCCAUGAGUGUCAUGUGUGCAAUUUAAUGUUUAAAACAAAACUAGAAAAGGCUUCUCACAUCGAACAGGAGCACAAGAAUGAGAAAUUGAACAACAUUCAGUCCUUGGGACACAAAAAAUCUUUUCCCUGUGAUAAGUGUGGCAGGAUAUUUGUUUACGAAAAGCCCCUAACGUACCAUGUGGCACGGUCUAAGGAUUGUCAGGAUGAAAGUCUGACUUGCAGUAUCUGUUCUCAGUCUUUCGAUGAAUUAUUCAAUCUAACGACUCACGUUAGGGAAAUGCAUACUCCUGAGAUACUCUCAAUCUGCAGCUUCUGCGGAAUGUCCUUUAUCUCAAGUGACCAUCUUAAUAAGCACUUGCUGACGCAUAAGAAAACGGACAAGAAAACCUACAAAUGUAGGCACUGCAACCAAGAAUUUAGCAGCAGGGAUGAGUGCAUUGCUCACAGGAAGAAUUUUCAUUUUUUUGUGCAUUCUCGGGUUCGGCCAAAACCAAAACAUCGACGCAAGAAAUUCCAAUGUCCUUAUUGCUUGAAAACAUACGCCUCAAAGGAUUAUUUCGUGAACCAUGUGAAAUCCCACCAAGAACACUAUGAAGGCAAUUCAACUUUUAAGUUUCCCGAGGAAGAACUCUCAAAAUGUGAAUUUUGUUCAAGAGAAAUCCGAGGGCAUCACAACAAAUUGAUGCGUCACAAAAGAAGAUGUUUUUCUAAGAGAUAUGUUAAGAAUCCAAUGAGUAACAUCAAGAAUAACUUAAUUGAAGAGAAAUAUGGGCUUGGAAGUCAACAUAUCCCGCACAAUUACCCUGAAAGCGUAACACAGGAAGCAUUAGGUGGAAGAUCUACAACUAACCCUGUUGUUACAAUAGAUCUGGCAGACGAUUCAGAUGAAUAUAUACUUUCCUAAAUAUGUUAUUUACUGUAUUAAUUGUGCUAUAAUAAACCAAAAUUUUAACCUAUA